GGAUGCCUUGUCACACCUAGUUUUUGUAAAACAACCUUAUAUUUGACUUUGACUUUCUUCGUCUCUCUCAUCUAACAAAGCAACAAUUCGUUUGUUUCUUUGAUCCAACUUUUCAUCCCCAUUCACCCGCAAUAUCCGCUAAACUUUAUCAUUCUUUGUUAAUCCAACUCUUCUUUCACACUCGGUUUAGUAUUCGAUUCAGUUAUGGAAAUCUGGUUACUGUUGGGAAUUUUGAAUGGUAUGAGAUCGUGAGGGUUUGAUGUUCAACGAUCUGCGUGAAAAAACUGUUGUUUUAGUAGAAUUGAAGGUUAAGUGUUGGAUAAAACUUAAAAGGCGUUUAGUAGAGAAUGGAUAAUCCUAAUUAUUUUGGUAAUAGACAUGAUGAGCAUCUGGGUGUGAACAAGAUUGGAAAAAAUAUCAGGAAAAGUCCACCACCGUAUUUCGCUAAUCCGGCCAUACAACCACCGUACCCUCAGGUCUACACCGUCAACAAAAAUGAUUUCAGAGAUACCGUUCAACGUCUUACUGGUUCACCUUCACACCACCAAGAACCACCUCCUGGACCUCACCGGAGCUCACCUAUCCGAAUGCAAAAAAUCCGUCCACCAAGAUUAGCACCUAUAAACGUCUACAGGCCCCAAAUGCCACUUCUCCCGCCAAGACCUGCCGCCCAAUAUGGCCAACCACCACCAAUGACUUCCGGCGACCAUAUGGGGUGGCCAAACGCAGCAGAGUCUCCUAUCUCAGCUUAUAUGCGUUACCUUCAGCAUUCUGUCUUGGAUUCAGGCCUAAGACCACCACCACCUCUUUUUCCUUCUCCAAGAAUGACCGGACCACCACCACUUCUUCCAUCUCCGGUAACAAACCGCCCUCUUAAUCCGCCAUCACCUACUUCUCAGUUCCUUCUGUCAUCACCCUCUGGUUACUUGAAUCUAUUGUCUCCUCUAUCACCUUACCCAUUGCUUUCUCCUGGUUAUCGGUUUCCACCGCCACUCACACAGGAUUUUUCAUUUUCACCGGUGGCGGCUCAAUCAGGAAUCUUUGGUCCUCGGCCACCACCUCCACCUUCUCCCGGCAUGGGUUUUCCAUCACCGGGGUUCUUCCAAUUUUCUAGUCCCAGAUGGAGGGAUUAGCACCCAUGGUUCCCCACGGUGUUUCUUUUGUAGAAAUAGGCAAGGGUUCGGAUACUGGUGGUGUGUAGCUCAGAGGUUGCAGUAAGAAUGAGCUUUUUACAGGAAAGAUCGUAAUGUCAGUUGUACCACCCAAAGUGUAAGGUAGAUUGGAUGCAUAGACUCUCAGAAGUUGAUUUUUGUUCAUAGAUUAUAGAUGUUUUUAUGUAAACUUGCACUUGUUUAAUAAUAUAUGUUUGUACA